AUGAAAAAUAACGAGAAUCUUUCAAGUUAUGCUGUAGAAAAAAGGAUUGGAGAAGGAGCCUUUGCUGUUGUGUAUAGAAUCUUUAUAUUAAUAUUAGUUUUUUAGCAACGGUUUAGGAGUCAGGGGAAAGAGUUGCAAUUAAAAAGGCACCUCUUGACAAGAAAUAUAAAAAUAGAGAACUUGCCAACCUGAAGUUACUUGGAGAUCAUCCAAAUAUUAUAUCCCUCAGGGAUGCCUUUUAUGUAGUUGGUUAAAAGUAUAACGUAUUUAUUAUGAAUUAAGUGAGGAGGUUUACAUAAAUUAUGUUAUGGAGUUCAUUCCUGAGAAUUUAUCAGAUUACAUCAAGAAUUUGAAGAAAUAAAAGAAGCAAUUUACAUAAAUUCAAUUAUAAUGCAUAACUUAUUAAUUACUUAGAGGAUUGGCUUUUAUUCAUGGAAAAGGAAUGGCUCAUCGUGAUAUUAAACCAUAGAAUAUUCUUAUAGAUAGAAUGAUUGUUAAAUAUUGUGAUUUUGGUUCAUCAAAGAUUAUUUCAGGAGGAUAAAUCAAUACUUCCUAUUUAUGUUCCAGAAAUUAUCGAGCUCCUGAACUUAUCUUUGGAGCCACUGAUUAUUCAACUAGUAUUGAUAUAUGGUCAUUGGGUUGUGUUUUUGCUGAGUUGAUUUUAUUGGAACCUCUAUUUCCAGGCGAAAGUUCAGUGGAUUAAUUAGUUGAAAUAAUGAAGGUUUUGGGAACACCUACAGCAGCUGAUAUUGCUGAAUUUAAUGUUUCUAAUACUGAAUUUAAAUUUCCUUAAGUUAAAGGACAUCCUUGGUCAAAAGUUUUCCUUAAAUAUAAACCGGAUCCAUAAUUUAUUGAUUUGAUUAAAAAGAUGCUUACGUAAUUAUGUAAUAAUCUUAAAAUAGUUAUUAACCAUAGUAAAGGAUUAAACCAUUUAUUGCUUUAAUGCAUCCAUUCUUUAAUGAUUUGAGGGAAAUAAAAAAUGAGGAAAUACCAGAUAUAUUUUGGUAAUUUACACCAGAGGAAGAGAAUAUUUUUGGAAGACAACCAUUAAAACAUUUGAUGCCAUCAUGGUGGUAGGGGUAAAAGUGA